AUGCCUCCAAAGAAGCGAUCGCGCCUCCAGAUGUCCUCGACUCCCACCACCAUCCGAGAAGACAGUGCUAUGGACGUUGAUUCUCCUCGGAUAAGUGGCACACCGGGCUUCCUCUCAUCGGCGUUUAAGCCCAUAAUACCAGUCACCCCGUACGAUAAUCUCUGGACGGAUGACCAGAUCUCUUCACUAUUCAAAGGCGUCAUUCGCUGGAAGCCUGCUGGGAUGCACAAACACUUUCGAAUGAUAGCAAUAUCGGAACACCUGCGCAACCACGGCAUCGACCCCGACAUCCAUCGCCACACGCGCAUCCCCCACAUCUGGGAGAAGCUACGGACAUACUACGACCUCGAGCUGAUCGAUGAGCGAGAAUACUUUGACGACGACGAAUCAGAGGACAGAUAUGUCGAAUUUUCUCUCCCUUUCCACGAAUUCGGCGAGAUGAUGCUGCAGCGCGCCAUUGCGGAUCCCAGCGAAGCACCCUCGUCUCCUCCCCAGCUGGAGCUCUCCCCUCCGCCCCAGAAGCGUUCGCGAGCCAGCACCGCGCCCAAGACGAGGGGAACCUCUGUUGAAGGCGCCGAGAGUAGUACUGCUGCUUCUGUUGCUUCACCAGCACUGAAGCCGACAAAGGGAGCAAGGGGCCGCAAGAGAGCUGCUAGUCAAUCCAAAUCUGAAAAGGAAAAGGUGGUGGAAAAUUCUGAAGAUGACGAAGACGAAUCGGAGGAGGAGGAGGAAGAGUCUGGCUCCGAGGAGAAGGCCGUGGAAGAGGACGCGGACGGGGCAGGAGAGGCAGAGGCAGAGGAGGCUAAUUGA